UCUUGUUCAGAGUUCUGAGCCGUCGGAUUUUCAUUUCAAUCCGAUCUUCAAUCUCCCUCCCUACUCACUCUCUCACUCUCUCACUCUCACACUUACACACACACUCGCAACAAAGAAUGUUCGCUGCGACGGCCGCGUUCUUCCGGAGACACCGCCGCAAGCUGCUCAUCACUGCGGGGGUGCUCGGCGGGGUCUACUUUGCUGGCAGGCACCUGCUCUCGCGCCUGGCCGACGAGCGCGACAAGGAGCUGGCUGAGCGACUGGCGCACGCACGCAUGAAGCAGCACUUUGAGAGCAACCAGAAGACGUGCACGACGACCGCGCUGUCCCUCAUCACGACCCUCCGCGAGCGACUCCUGCUGGCCCUCGACACGGACGAGCUCACUGCCCAGCUGCGGCGGGGCAGCCCCGACAAGCUCGCGCUAUGGGAGCGCUUGAAGGUCGUCUCGUUCACACGGGCAGUCGCUGCCAUCUACGCCGUCUGCUGCCUCGUUGCACUGCUGCGCGUCCAGCUCAACGUCAUGGGCCGAUACAUGUACCUCGACAGCGUCGACAAGCAAAACCGAGCGAAUGGCAGUGGCAAUGGCAAUGCCAAUGCUGGUGGUACGGGUGCAGAUCCGACCAACCAAGCGAAUAAUGGCGCACGCGCAGCUGGUGCAUCGGCCAUGCACGUCUCGCCGUACGUCCAGCGACUCUACCUGUGCCUCGUCCACUUUCUGCUGUCCGACGGGCUCGAGCUGCUGAUUGCUGAUGUCGAACGAUGCGUCCAGGCGCAGAUCGGCGAGAUCCCGCUGAAAAAGCAACUCACCCAUGCAGGGCUUUGCGGCGUCGUCGAUCACUUGCGGAUUACGCUCGACCAAAACAUCAUCCAGGACGGUGAUAUCACGCGAUACUUGCUGCCAUCGCUGGACAAGCAGGACACGUUCAUGCGCGAUGCGUUCGUCCAGACCAACGCUCCUUCGGCUGCCGCUGCUGCUGCUGGUGGCGCCCGAAUCGCACCCGACGACAUGCGUCCACUGAGUGUGCUUGUCAACGAAACCCGUCGCGUCCUCGACACGGAGCCGUUCGCCGUUGUGCUCACUGCGGCCUUGGAUGCUGGAUUUGAAGUGCUGAGCGAUGGCUUGUUGCCAGUCUUUGCUGGUUCCUCUCCAUCCUCCACUACCAUCAACAACAUCAACAACAACAACAACAAUGACGGCAGUGGCAGCACAAGUAAUGGUGCAGCAUCAAGCUCGUCUCCCAGCCGAGCAUCAGGCUCAUCGGCACCAGCAUCUCUCAGCGAUUCCUUCAGCGCAGACGCGGAGAUUGCUUCCAUCCCGCUGGCCAAAAUUAUUCCUUUCGUGAAUGCGCAAGUGCAUUCCAUCUUCCAGGUGCCUCAGAACAAGCUUCUCUCGCGUCUCGCAACGCUCCCAUUGCUGGACCAAUUUUCUGCCGUCAUUUACGCCGCCUUUGAUGGGAAUACUGAAGACCAGCUUAACACGACGUUUGAUGCACCAGAUACCUCCCGCAUUGCUUAAAUGGGUGCCUCUCGCGCCAAUGUUACAUUGUUGGUCGAAUCCUGUCGUGCCAAUCACACGCAAUACAGCAGUCCAUCCGGCUCAAACUUCAAGAUUAUAAUCGCACUCUCUUGUACAACCAAACCAAAUCACAAACACACAUCGUCAUACAGA